AAGAUAAGUUAUGAGCUUUUGUAAAGAUAAGCUACUUAGUGUAACUUUCAAAAUACUAUUGUAUCGCAGACAUUAUUGUAAUUUUUUAAAAAUAAAUAUUAUUAUAAUCACAAAUUAUGAGUUUGCAUGGAUCAUUUCGUGUUUUUAUAAAAUUAUGUUUUGAAGGUCAUGAUAAUCACCUGCGCAAAAAUAAUCGGAUAUUACCUUGGCAACCAGUAAAAUAAAAUAUCGUUACAAAUGUAUUCUUCAUUCUGUUUUUAAAAAGAUAAGUUUAAAACGUCAAGUAUUGGCUUUGUAAACAAAAAUUAAAAAAUGGAUGAAAAAGUUAUAGAUUCAAUUUUUUCUGGUUCACUUAAAAGUUUACCGCCUGUGAGUUCUAAAAUAGUACGUAUUUUUACGAGCUCUACAUUUACAGAUACAACAAUGGAGAGAAAUACAUUGAUGGCUCAAUGUUAUCCUAAAUUAAAAGAUUAUUGCCGUGAAAAACAUGGACUUGAAUUUCAGGUAGUUGAUAUGAGAUGGGGUGUCCGUGAUGAAGCAACUGAUGACCACAUGACCACAGAACUCUGUAUGAGAGAAAUUGAAAAUUGCCAACGGCUUUCAAUGGGCCCAAACUUUGUUGUUUUUUUAGGACAAAAGUAUGGGUAUCGUCCGAUUCCAACAUACGUUUUGAGUUCAGAAUUAGAUAUGAUAAAAGCUGAUUUGGAAAGUCAAGGUACGGAUGUCGAAGUUUUUGAAACGUGGUACAAGAAAGAUAGUAAUGCAGUACCGCCUACUAGUAUUUUGCAACCUAUUUCUUCGAUUCUUAAAAAUUUUAAUAAUAAAAGAAUUCCAAAACUUCAGCAAGAAGAUCAAGCAGCAUGGUGGGAUACGAUGGUCAAAAUGCAAAAGUUAUUUCGAAAAGGUGCUCAAUCGCUUUAUAACUCAGGAAAAUUUGAUAAAGAUACAAUGCAUAAUUAUUUUAUGUCUGUUACUGAAAGAGAAGUAAUCAACGGAAUUUUAAAUGUUAAAAAUACUAAAAAUCAUUGUUUGGCCUACGUUCGUUAUAUAAACAAUAUAAAUUUACAAAAUUUGCGUAAAGCAGGUCUUUUUAUUGAUAUAUUAAACAGAAGCUUAGAUAAUGAAGCAUCAAAAUUACUCGCUGAUUUGCGAGAUGAAAGGCUACCAAAUAAAAUCGAGAGUUGUAAUUUGCAGAGAUACACGGUAGAGUGGAUCGGUCGAGAAGGAUUAGAUCCCGAAACUCAUUCAGAGUAUCUUCAACAUUUUAUUACUCACUUUUAUCGGAACAUGAUUAAACUCGUAGAUCGAGCAAUGAGAAAAGAAGAUAGCUCUGCACAAGGACAAAUAAUAACAGAACUAUUGCAGCAUUUACAUGCUUGUAAUAAUUCCGUUAGAGUGUUUUACGGCCGAGAAGAUUCACUUGAAAAAAUAAAAGAUUACAUGUUAGGAGAAAGUGAUAAGCCUUUAGUACUUUAUGGUGAAGGAGGUUGUGGAAAGACUUCAUUGUUAGCAAAAGCAGCAGGGUUGAGCAGUACUGUUUGGCUUAUGGGUAAAAAAUCUAUCAAUAUCAUCAGAUAUUUAGGCACUACUCCUGAUAGUAGUGCUCUUACUCCAACUCUUAUUUCAAUUUGUCAACAGAUAUCAUAUAAUUUUAUGCUACCUUUUGAUGAAAUACCUGAUGAUCUGGUUCCACUGACCGCACACUUUAAGCAUUUAUUGACUUUUGCUUCAACCAAUCAACCGAUACUUUUAUUUCUUGACAGUGUAGAUCAAUUGACAGGAAUGCAGGGAAAUAAAUUAUCGUGGCUUCCCACUCGGUUACCUCAUUAUUGCAAGAUGAUUCUUUCAUGUGCAUCAGAGGAAUCAAAUCCAAUAAUUUCACGAGAUUAUCAUCUUUUACGUCGCAUGAUAGAUACUGAAGAAAGUUUUAUUGAAGUUACUGCACUUGGCGAAGAAUUAGCAAUGGAUGUUAUUAAAAUGUGGAUGAAAAAAGCUCAUAGAGACUUAAAUAACUACCAAUGGCGACUUGUGGCAAAUGCAAUUUCAAAUUGUUCUUUGCCGAUAUUUGUAAAACUUGUAUUUGCUGAAAUAUGCCGAUGGCGUAGUUACACUAAACCGGCGGAUACUCAUCUAGCAAAUACUGUAAUGGACAGUAUUAUGAUGCUGUUUGAGAGAAUUGAAAAACAGCAUGGAAAAAUUUUAGUUUUUCAUGCUUUAGCAUACAUUACAGCCGCAAAAUCUGGUUUAUCUGAAUCAGAAUUAGAAGAUUUAAUUUCACUUGAUGAUAAAGUACUUGAUGAUGUUUAUCAGUAUCAUCUACCACCAGUACGUAGAAUACCACCACUUUUAUGGACACGUAUACGUAAUGAUUUACCGAACUAUCUAAGUGAACGUGAAGCUGAUGGUGUAAGUGUAUUAAAUUGGUAUCACAGACAAUUCCGUGAUGCUGCAAAAGAAAGAUAUUUUAAAAAUAUGAAUAUGGCUAUGUAUUUUCAUUCAAUGAUUGCUGAUUAUUAUCUUGGAAUUUGGGGUGGUGGUAUACCAAAACCUUUUAAGUAUACAGAAAUUCAACGUCAUCGAUUUAAUUUACAAGACAAAGAGGGUGUAGCUGAUAGAAAAGUACCAGAACAACCAUUAGCUUUUUAUUCAAAAGAAGGAAAAUUAUCACGUUACAAUUUACGUAAAUUUGGUGAAUUGCCAUAUCAUCUUGUUCGUGCGAGACGUUUUAAAGAUUUAUUUGAAAAUGUUUUAUUUAAUUAUGAAUGGUUGCAUGCUAAACUUAGUUCUUGUCCUCUUCAAUCAGUACUGUCAGAUUUUGAAGAUGCUUGUAAUAAUAUAGAAGAUCAAAAUUUAGUGAGGGAAUUGAUGCUCGUAGCAGAUGCAUUGCGAUUAGGAGGAGCUAUUUUGGGUAAUCAUCCCAAUAUGCUAGCACCUCAAUUAGUAGGUAGAUUACUUCCAGAAAUAGAAAAUAAUAAUAAUGUACGCAUGUUAUUACGUGCCUGUGAUAAUGACGGUAUAAAAGAUUGUUCUCUUAUGCCUCUUUAUCACUGCCUCCAUACACCUGGUGGUCCCCUAAAAUAUUCUCUGGAAGGUCAUCAAUUUGCCGUAUUCGGAUUUUGUCUAACGUCCGAUUAUCGUUACGUGGUAUCAAUAUCAAAUAGAUUUAUAACAUGGGAUUUAAGUACAAGUGAUAUGACUCGAGAUGUAAAUCCAGGUAUUGAAGGAGUAAUGCAACAGCUUGUUCUUAGUCCAGAUAAUCGAUACGCUGCAGCUUUUACAAGUAACAAUCAAAUUGUUAUUUUAAACACACUCACUAGUGAAUUUGUUAUUGUAAAUAACCCACUGGUAAAUGAUGAAAGUGAUGAUAAUGCAGUAUGUGGAGUUUAUUUAAUGAAUCAGUAUGCUUUUAUUUAUGGUACACAUGAAUGGUGUAGAUUUGAUUUACGUGGAAAUUUACUUUCAAGACACACUACUACUACACCACAAAUAGACUAUAAUAAAUGGAAAAUUUUACUUGUUGAGUACACCGACUUGACGGAUUAUAGGAUUGUAUUUUGGUCCGGCAAGUUAGAUGAACCAUCAAUGCUAAUUUUUUAUAAUAAUGAGAAAAACAAUGGCAAUAAUAACUGUGAUAAUCAUCAACAGCAUUUUGAAUCCGAUAAAAAUGAAUCUGAAGUGAUUGCGAAUCCUCUUGAAUUUCACAGUGCGAUGGUAUUAACAAAAGACAAAAAAACAUUUUAUGCAUGUACUACGAAAGAUGAUUAUCGUGUAACUAAAUACACUAUCGAAAUUACCGAUAAUUCAUGCAGUUGCUGUUGGAAACGACAGUAUGAUUUACCACGAGCUUAUAACGAUAAUACAGAAUAUAUAUUGCAAUUAAAAAUUGACCGAGAUGAAGAAACAUUAUUGGCAACUACCGGUAAUGGUUUUAUUGUUUGGUGGCUGUCAUUAAUAUCAUCUGACAUGGAUGAUAAAACUUGUGCAACAAAACAUAAUCCUGCUGUACUUACAUUACCUCAUGGUAUCAGAAAUAUUAGUACUCGAAUGCUUUGUUCAAAUUCUGUAAUGGUAAGUGGUAGCAGUGGUGAUAGUAAUAUUGAAAAUGGUAGUAGUGAGAGAAAUUAUGCAGUUGCUGGUGUAAGAAAAAAUCUUUAUGUUUGGAGUUUAAAAACAUGUGAACUUUUGAAAACACUUGAUGCUCAUUUUGCACGAAUAAUUCAACUAGAGGCUUUAACUAUUGGGAAUUGGAAUUGUGUUAUAACUUCUAGUAUUGAUAGAACUGUUAAAGUUUGGAAUAUUGAUAAUAUUUUUGAACAAGUUCACGUUAUUGAUAGACACGAAUUACAAAUUGAUUCAAUAUGUUUAGCAGAAAAUUGUAAUUUAGCUGUAACUGUAACACGAAGUUGUGUUGGUGUAUGGAAUAUACAAUCAGGUAAAUUAGUAUCUAAAUUAGCAGACAGUCCACUUGGUGCAAUUGUUACUCACGCUGCAAUAACACACGAUGGAAAAUAUAUUAUAUCUAUUGAAUCGGGUAAUGUACUUGUGUGGAAUAGAGUUACUGAACAAGUUCUAUAUAAAAAAGAACAAUUAGAUGUUCGUCAACUAUCAUUAAUUCAACAACAAACGUUAGAUUCCAAUAGUGGUAUUAAAUUUAUUGCUAUUUCUAGACCUAAUAAUCCAGUUGGUAUUGAAUGUAUGAAAACUACUGCAACGCUUAUUAUGCGAAGUAUUCCAGAUGGAACUAUUUUAUUUACUUUUGAGUAUCCUGUUCGGUGUCAUACUGGAACACCUUUUCGAAAAGUAGCAACAACAUCAGAUGGUGCAAAUUUUAUUGUACCAGCUGCUGAAAAAUCAACAAGAGAUUGUAUAUUAGUUUAUAAUGCAAAUGUAGGAACUUUAAUAAAUAGAAUUCCUAUUAAAUUACCAGGUUUUAAGGAUAUUAAUAAUGUUGUACCAAUGCCAAAUAAAGCACAAUUUAUUGGUAUUAUUGGUUCUGACAAAGGUAUAAUUAUGGAUAUAAAUAAAAAAAAAGUUAUUCGAUCUAUUCCACGAUGGAGUGGUAACAUUAGUAAAGAUGGAAAGUAUACUCUUUAUGCUCCUAGCAGAGGUGGUUUGGAGCUUGUUGAGUUAAAAAAAGGAACAACAGUUAAAACAUAUAUACCAAAAGUAGCCGAAGGUGUUUUUACAGUAAUAUCAAUGUUCAAUAGAACAGAUGAAUAUGUAUUCUACUAUCAUAGUGGUAGAAAAACAAUUAGAGUCUUCCGAUCAUCUGAUUGUGAAAUGAUUGCCAAUUAUCGUGUGCCAGCUGAAUUAAGCGCCGUUGAUAGUACGUAUGAUGGCAAAAGUAUUGUAUUGGGUACAGUAGAUGGAUGUUUAUCUGUUUUGGCUAUUGCUGAUCCACAAAAAUCCGAUAUGAAACAUUAUCUCGGAGAAUUGCCAUCUAGAGAUGAAAAGUGGAAGUCAAAAAUGGAAAAACAAAAAAUGACUAUAAAAUUUAAAGCAGCGACGAGAAUCGCAAGAAUUACAUAUGAUUUACAAAAUCGUAUAGCGCGAAAAAAUAGUAGUAAUUUAGAAGAGGAAGAAGAUAAUUCUGAUGAUGAAGAAACAAGAAAAAAUGGUCCCAGAGAUUGAGAAGAUAUUUAAAAUACCUUAUUAUUAAUUAAUCUAAGCUUCAUUCUUCAUAGUGAAGAGAAAAGUUACCACAGCAUGUUUAUUUAUAUUGAAAUAUGUAAACUUUUAAAUAUUUUUUAAGCUUAUAAGCUAC